CCUUGAACAUAACAUUGCAGUCUCCAUUCUCCCUCAAAAAUAAAUAGAUCUGGUUUCAUUAUCUUAAUGAUUUUACUGAUUAGUGUUAUGAGUGUUAUACGAGAACCUUCAAUCCCAUAUUCCACAAUCUUUGGAUUAUCACACUAUGAUUUUCCCUCUCAAAUUUUGUUUCUUUGCAUCUCAAUUCAUGGAUUCCUGAAGAAGAAGGAGAUCUCCAAUAUAGGUCUAGUCCAGCCUACAAGAAACACAUUCUGGAGGGAAAAUCCUCCAACUGAGACAGCUAUAUUCAAGAUUGAGACGCCACAUGAAAAAAUUUGCAAUAUAGCGGAGGAGACGGAUCGUGAAGAAGAACAAAUUCAGACAUUUGUUGAGAAGACCCAAGGACGUGGCUUGAUACUGAUGGCAUGAUGGACGAGUUCUCCUAUGAUGAACACAAGAGACAGCUUGAAGGAUAAGGUUCAUUAAUCCGGUUGAUCAUCCAGCCCACUUGCAUUUUCAAGUAGUUAUUUACACACAUGUUUUUGGGAAUGGUAUAGGUGUUAGUCCUGGUUACAAAUUAUAUCUACAAGUAAUACUGUUGCUCAUGGAAAAUUUGGUGCACAAACAAAUUCAGUAUUUUAGGAAUUUGUUUUUACACUAUAUCUUGUCAUUGGUUUACCCUUAUCUUUUUCAUGUAAGAUAUAACCAUGUCUGAUGUAUCACUGAAUGUCGGUUAUACAGAUUAGAUCUACCCUUACUGUUGAACAGUUGUUCUUACUUUUUUAUGCUUUCAUAAGUUAAUAAAAUUCUUAGUUCUUAUUCU